GCAAGCGAAGAAGAAGUAACAUCAGCUAGAGCCGCAGUAGCGGGGGAUCGCCUCGUCAUGUCCGCCGCGGUAUGAUUGUGCGCAUAGCUUGCGAUGACACCCAGUCAUGGUUAAGGUGUUUCUUCACCUGGGCUGUCUGGUAGCUUUUCUAGUGGCAGUUUCGAUAGCGAGACCCGUGCACCCUCGGGUGUACCCACCCCAACGGUACGAGCUCAUCUUGCCGGCUGGUGACCGGUCUUUGCACGGCGGCACAGCUGCCCCUCCGGCGGAACAAGCCCUCGCCGACGACGGGGCAGUUCGCAGCGAAAGAAGCACGAAUCUGUCCCACAUCACGGGCACCGCGCGCAAGAUACAGAUGUACAUCAAGAACAGAUAUCUGCAGAUCCUCCCGGAUGGAGCCGUCAACGGUACCAGCGACGAUGGCAGCGAUUAUACCAUCCUCCAGCGGCACUCGGUGAGGAUGGGACAACUGUUGAUACAGAGCGUCCCGACGUGCAUGUUCCUGUGUAUGGACAGCUGCGGCCUCCUCUACGGAUCGAGGAACUUCACCGGGGAUUGCGUGUUCAACGAAACGUUCGUGCACUCCUACAUCACAUACUCGUCCAGCAAGUACUCCAACGAGAGGCGGACCCUGUAUAUCGCCCUAAACAAGCGUGGCCAGUCCAGGAAAGUGCAGGUGCAGAAGCAAGCCCCUCUGGGAAAGCUGUUCAGCUACGCAAUGGUGGUAAUCAAACACGUGGAAGAUGACCGCGUGAAGGACCUCGCACAGAGAAUCCUCCGCGUGCGCGAGUCCCUACAGAAUGGCUCCAGGUUGGUGAGCGGAGACCUCUCGAUGGCGCAGCAUCCGUUGAGGCACCAUGGCUACCACCACCUGUGUCCCCAGGUACAACCGGGCAGCCUGCAGUUCAACUUGGAGCAGGAUGACGCCACGGAUGACAUGGGCAGAGACAAGUUAAGGUGCAGGCGGCGCAAGAAAAGGAAGAAGAAGAAGCGUAGAUGCAAGGAGGCUGAGGAAGAGGGUGAGCAGUGCCAAAAGAGGGGUGUGAACAGGAAGAAGAAGUGCCAGCAGGGAGAGGGCGAGGAGCAGUGCCAAAAGAGGUUAGAAGCUGCAACGAGAAAGCGGAAGUCAAGAAACGGGGAUAGGAAACUCAGAGACGAUAGUGAGAAAAAUAAGAAAAAACAAAAAAGCGUUAAGAAUAAAAAGUUCAUUAGUGACGGUGAAAUAGGAAAAGACUUGGGUAGGGCAAGAACACGAACUGAUGGGGUGGGCGAGUAUAUCAUGACAACGCAGUCGGAAUCACCUGCCUCCUCAUCUCUCCCAGCGGCAUCUACGACAGUCCCCACCGCGUCAGCCACAACAUCUUCAGCAUCGACAAUAAUCGCGGCUGCCUCUCCGUCUUCGACGAUAUUGACAGGGAGUCCAACGGCACCGCUUUCAGUAUCCACGUCUUUGUCGGUAUCAACUGCAGACGUUGCGACGCGGUCAGAGGACACUUCCUCCAUGCCUUCCUCAGGCACUUCGACAACAUUAGGGACAGCAAAGUGACUAUUGCUUGUCACGGUGAUUCUGGCCAUCGGCGCCAAAGUUUCGCACUUACGUCACUAUUUAUAAUGUGGAAGGAACGUUAAUUUUUUUUAUAAAUCAGAGUCACACUACUUAAUUCUGUUUGUACAUAGUGUACAUACAUGACAGAGCUUGGCGAGCGAGACAUCACAGCUAUUUAUUGAAACUUAUUUAUUGUUCCUCUAUUGAAUCAAACUUGUCUCUCUCGACACUGCCGCUCGCAAGUGGCAACUACUCGUAGACUGUAGUGUACAGAACAGCAAGAUGCGCUGCCUGCUCGAAGAACGAACCGGUCUGCUUCUUCUUCAGUGAUUUCAGUAUUUCGGUACAAAGUUACCUCGACUUUCCCCGUCUGUAGUACUCGUCCAGACGCUGAGGAAAUGUCCACAAGUUUGUGCAUCCAGAAAGACGUUUCCUUUCCAUGACAAAUGGAAAUCAGAACUGUUUAAACAUUAAGCAAUAUGAAGACUGAUGUGGAUGUAAAAAGGAAUUAGUCAGUGUUUUGAAUAUUGCGGCUGUAGAUCUGUUGUGUGUUUGUUUAUUUUCCUGGGAGGCAGACAGACCACGGGCCAUACUGCAAAGUGUUUACCCUGUACACCCCAUGAUCGAUCAAACAGAGAUAUUGCUGAAUUUUCUAGUGCCGAG